AGUUUGCAGGUUGAUGAAAAUGAAAUUAGGGUGUGUCCUUCCACUGAUGUGCAUGAUUUUGACAUGCUAUAUUAUAUGUUAUAGCCUUCUGGUGGGACAUUGCUAUGGCGUUGUAGAGGAAGCAAAGACAUUAAAAAGUAAAGAAGAUCUUAAAAUAGAGCAAAAAUUUAAGCUUAUCAACAAAUCUGCGGUUAAAAUCAUAAAGUCUAUUAGUGGUGAAAGGUAUCGUUGCGUGGAUUUCUACAAACAACCAGGACUUGACCACUCAUCCAUGAAGAACCACACAUUUCACCCUAAGAUGCGCUUGAUGUCAUAUCCGGAAGGAUUACAAAUUAAGAGACAGACACAUAGUAACAAAACAUUUAGCCACUUUUGGAAGAAUAGUGUAGGUUGUCCUAUUGGUACAGUUCCUAUACUUCAAGUCACCAAAGACACUCUUUUGAAAAUGAAAUCUUUAAAUGGCGAUAAUUAUAAUCCGCAAAGUUCGUGGAGCAAAACAUAUAAAUCUACGUCUUCUAAUGGACGUCAUCAUUUUGCUGUGUUGCGGACUCUUAAAGAAAAAACAAGGCGUUACAAUGGAGCGUAUAUGAAUACUAAUGCAUUCAAUCCUUUGGUUGGACCUACGCAGUUCAGCUCUACUCGGAUGCAUUUUCAAAUUGGAAAUGAAUUCAUCCAAGUUGGUUGGACUGUACACCCGGCAUUAUACCACGACUUUAACUCUCGGCUAUUCGUAUAUACAAAUGCAGGAGGACGUGCGUGUUAUAAUACCUUAUGUCCGGAUGGAUUCGGAAUGAUACUAGUAGGUCAAGAUCUUAUUCCUGGACGACUUACCGAGCACAGAGAUUUAAACUUUGCCAUAAUCAAGGACAAAGACAACGGAAAUUGGUGGUUGUUGAUGGGUACUGGCAUAUUAUGGGAAAAAAUUGGUGUCUGGCCAGCAAAGAGGUUCAAAGAAAGUUUUGGUACAGAGAUCGAAUGGGGUGGUGAAGUCCAUAGCCCUUCGUCCCCAAGUCCUCCGAUGGGUAAUAGCCAUUAUCCGAAGGGGACCCCCAGACUAGACUCAUAUGUCCGUUUGAUCACGACUUGGGACGAAAAUUAUAAUGCCGACAAUUUUGUGAAAAACACAGAGAGAUAUUCAGACGGUUGUUAUAAAGUGGGAGAUACAAUAUAUAUGCAAGAUUCUUGGAGAAAUGUAGGACAUCUUAUUGUUUAUGGAGGCCCCAAGUGUAAUUAAACUUCCAUAGUGCUUACCAUUAUUAUAAAAUUGUAAUGUCUGAACAUGAUCAGAAGAAAGCAAGAGAAUAAAUUUCUUAGUAUG